AUCACUGCACACUCCUCACCAGCAGGGGGCAGACUGCAGGACACGAUGCACCUCAGCAGACCUGCAGGGAGGAACAGUAGAACCGGAAGUAAGAUUAAUAUCAACAAACUGAGCUACAACACAACCUGGGCUAAAACUUUACUGCAGUUAAAACUCAACACUUUAUAAGGGAUUAUAGUCGACACAAAGACCGUAUUAUGGGGGAAGCAUGUUCCUGCGUGUCGUGGAAGUGGUUUGUUGUCAGUGGCUAGUUUGUUAGCCAUGUGGAGGAGCUAAGUUAAGAAGACUAGUGUGAGUUGAUCUAGUCAGCCUCAGUGAGCAGACAGUAGUGUGUAAUAUGCCCAGGUGUUAGUCUGUGCUUAGCUUUAACCAGGUUGCAGGUGUAGCUGGAUUGUCUAGUCGUUAACACGUCCUGGUAGUUUGACAGAGAGCCCCGGUUUGCUCGCAAUGCUCCUGCAGCUGCUCCUACCUGUCAACUAGCUCACUCCUCUCCUCCUCUCCUCCUCUCCUCCUCUCCUCCUCCUGUCCGUCUCCAUGGCUCACUGCGGCUCCUCCGAGCCCAGCACCAAGCUACCAGCGCCUCGUCCCGACAGCAUGAAGCCGUCCUCGGGAGGCAGCGUCGACCAGAGCAUGAAGCCCGUCCUGUUCGAGAUCUUCGGUGAGAUCUGGACCGUCCAGUCGCGGCUCGGCCAGGGCGUCUCGGCCUCGGUGUACCGGGUCAGCUCCGGCAGAGCCACCGCCACCGCCGCCGUCAAGGAGUUCCAGGCCGACACUCAGGGAGGAGACUACGGGUACCACAAGGAGAGGUCCGUGCUGGAGGACAUCCAGGGGCACAAAAACAUCGUGACACUGUACGGCGUGUUCACCAACCACAGCUGUAUGGGUGUUGCCACCCGCUGUCUCCUGCUGGAGCUCUUGGAUGUCAGUGUGUCUGAUCUGUUGGUGAGGGGCAACAGUGGUACCCAGGGUGGGAGACCCGAGCAGGGCCACUCCAUGUGGCUCGUCCAGCACUGUGCCAGAGACAUCCUGGAGGCUCUCGCCUUCCUUCACAGGGAAGGCUACGUCCACGCUGACCUCAAGCCACGCAACAUUCUCUGGAGUGCUGACGACGAGUGCUUCAAGCUCAUCGACUUCGGCCUCAGCUUCAGAGAGGGAAACCAGGAUGUAAAGUACAUCCAGACAGACGGGUAUCGCGCUCCAGAGGCUGAGCUUCAGAACAGCCUCGCUCAGGCCGGGGUGGAGGUGGAGGGGGACUCGGGUUGCACGGCUGCCGUGGACAUGUGGAGCCUGGGCAUCAUCCUGCUGGAGAUGUUCUCAGGAAUCAAACUCAAAGACACCGUCCGCUCGCAGAAGUGGAAGGAUAACAGUGCCGCCAUUGUAGACCACCUUUUUGCCAGCAACAGUGUGGUGUGCCCUGCCAUCCCUGUCUAUCACCUCAGAGAUCUCAUCAAAAGCAUGCUUCUCAAUGACCCGAAGCAAAGAUGCACUGCUGAAACUGCCCUGCUGAGCCCAUUCUUCAGCAUUCCCUUUGCUCCUCACAUUGAGGACCUGGUUCUGCUGCCCACUCCUGUCCUGCGUCUGCUCAACCUGAUCGAUGACAGCCAUCUGCACAAUGAAGAAGAGUAUGAAGACAUCCUUGAGGACAUGAAAGAGGAGUGCCAGAAGUAUGGCUCAGUGGUUUCUCUGCUCAUCCCCAAGGAGAACCCAGGGAAAGGACAGGUGUUUGUAGAGUAUGCCAACUCCGGUGACUCCAAAGAGGCUCAGAGACUGCUGACGGGCCGCACCUUUGAUGGGAAGUUUGUUGUGGCCACCUUCUACCCUCUCAGCGCCUAUAAAAGAGGUUACUUGUACCAGACUGUGCAGUGAAGUCCUAAAAGCUCAAUUUACACCUCUGCAUUGUUCGCAUGAAAAAAAAAAACACAACUGCACAGGCCACCACAAGGAAAAUAACUACAGCCAACACAAAGUCAUGAGUGGUUGCCCUGUAGUUUCAGUUAUUAAUGAGUGUAGUUUCUGCAUGUCAUUCAUGUGUUUUUUGUUUCAUGCAGAGUGUAAAUUGAACUAAGCUGUGAGGAGCGCACAGCAACACCUUAUUUCUGCUGCCUCCAGCCUGCACUGCUCUUAUCAGUGCACAUGCAUCGGGUGCUUCAAGGUGACCUGCACCUAUCUCAUUUAAUGACUCUGGGCCAGAGGUCUGUGGUCCUUCGUAUAGCACUUUCCUGUUCUAGCUUCCAUUUCACUCUCAUUCAUUCAUAGAAAAGCACCACACUAAAAAGUGUAUUAUUGGGACAAGUAAAAUAUUCUCUGAUGUGGGUUGCUAGAGCAAAAGCCUUUAUCAAAUGAAAGUUUGAGAUCAUCUGUGCUCUACAUUACAUCUAAAGAGUUGCAUCUAUGUAGAAAGAGUAUUAAUGAAACACUUUAUCUCAUCGGUUGAGUCAGGGAUGUGAUUAUGAACAUGUAGCAGGAUAACACUGAUCUGCCAGUAGUAUGAAUGGGAGUUUUAUGUCUGUCAAACCUAAAAUCCUGUUAAAUUAAUAAGAAUAAUUAUGUUAUUUGUUAUGUUGAACAUUUAAUGAGAGGAAACGGCGUGGUACAAGGGGAUGUACGGGUAUCCUCUGCUGGCUCCUCAGGCAGUUUUCAGGGAGAAAUGGUUUGGAGUGACCCUCCUGUAGCCUUGUGUUUUGUAGCUUUUUAUUUACAAAAGUCUACAUACUCAGAGAAGAUUUUGUUAUCAUCAUUUGACUAUGCUCCCACUUAUGAGGACAUACAGUGAGUUCUGUGUUUUUGACUGCAACACUGAAAAGGCACAUGAACAAGUAAAUGUUUUUGGCUAGAAGCUGGAGAUGAUAGGAGAUUCUACUGGCAGUGCGUGGCUAGAAAAAGACUGACGUAUGACUAAAAUCAAGAUUUUCCAAAACCUUUUUUUCCAGCUGGAAAAUAAGUGUAUGAACAAAAAUAGCAGAAGAAGUUCCAACAGAGGUAGAAAAUGUCUUCUAAAGCCAAGUACGCUUUAAUCUGACCUCAUAGUCCUGGUGAAAUUGGAAUUAUAGUGUAGAACCAGACGUGUCGAGCAGAAUAUCGCUGUUCAGAGCCUCAUUGAAAGGCAGAUAUACAGUAGCCAGUAUACAUGUAAGGAGCAGCUUAAAGCCACAGUGUGUAACGUUUGUAGCGUCCUUCAAAUUUAGAAUUUUGUAGAAAACAGGGACAAUCCUGGUGGAAAUUGGUGCAGUUUAUGUGUUGCUUUCGGCAAAGUGGGCGAAAUCCUACACAUUGUGGCUUUAAAGAUUGUGUAGUACUAUGCAGCGUGGAGAGAGAUUGUGCAGUGGUCUACUAAGUAGACAGAUAAAGUGUAAUAUUACAAUCUUCAACUGAUACUUUUAAUCUUUCAGUUAGUUUGUGCACGAACCAGUGGAUUGACGGUUAGACUGCAAGCCCUGUGGGAAUACGUUACAUCAAGGCGUCUGUUUUUUGGAGUACCCCAAACUGCCGGACGUAGAAUUGUUUCAUACUUCUGUCAGUUUCAAGAAAUGUUGCUAGCAGUUGCGUGACAAGGUAUUGAGUUUUAUGAAUCAAUAACGUGACAGAAAUGUCAUAAAAUGUGCAGUCUUGAAUCGAAGAUUUCUUGGAACCAACAAUAUGUAUGUUAAAUUGCUUAUAUCAGGCUAGUGAGACAGUUUUACUUAAAAAGUUCAGGAAGAAUCAUGAUUAUGUUGGAUAGCAGCGACAAAGAGUAAGCGAGCUUACUAUUCUUGCAGUGGAAAUUUACUUUUUGUUGUAGAACCAGAAAUCCUUUUGUUCUCUUGUUUUUUUUAUUGAUUGCUUGGUUCCACUUGGUGAUAACAGUGGAUAUGUAGUACCCAUCAAGCACUCCAACAAUUUCUACACAAGUGCCCUGCAACAUUCAAGCUAGCUAGCUAACUAACCAAAAUGCUGCUAUAUAAACAACAAGUUGUGCUACACCUGCAUGCGUUGGAUUCCUUGAGUAGCCCAAGCCGUAGCAGAUGCCUUAGAGAACAAUUCCCUUCCAGCAGAUAAAGUCUCACCCAGUAACAAAACCAGAUUGUUGGAGACAACACAAUGGAGCCGUCAUUUAUUGCUCAUUUUUCACUUGUUGAAGCCAGACUAUGUGACUUUUACUGAACAGUGGCCACUGCAACUACAAGUGAAUGAUGAUAUUAUGCCAAUGCUGGUAUUACCUACAGUAAAUACUAAACUGAUGGUAUUAGCUAAAUGAUAAACAACUAAAUACUAAAACUAUGGUUUAGCAUUAGCUACUGCUUUGCUACUGUUGCUUACUGUUUACCUAAAAGGCUAAGUAAUAGAGUGUUACAGGAAUGAGUCCUAAAACCAGGAAAUGAGUUAGCAUUUUAGCCUAACGUAACGUUAGCUUUUUACUUCUGGCGAUUGCAUUUACGCCUCAAAAAUCAUAAAAGUGGUGUUCAUUUGUGGUGAUUAUCUUACGGAAGAAAACGUGUAAGUAUCAUAAACGUUUCUUUGCCACAGAGUUUAUUUUCUGCAAUAAUCCAAAACCCAAUGGAAAAGUCCCAUUGGCUUCUUGUCGAGGGAACCGGGGAGGUGCUCACUUCCUGGUUGACCUUCAAAACUACGUCAUCCCUGGAGCGCUCUAUUGUAACAGUUGCACAAGUGGAGAAGAGUCAUAAAGUCGUCAAACUGACUCAGUAAUGUGCAUUAAAGACCCAUUAUUUACUUUGAACUUAGCUAAUAUCAGCUAGCAUCAGUCACCGUAAGCUACUGGCCAUACACCACUAAGCAAGGCUCUAGCAGCAAAACCCCUCGUGCACUGAAUUGAGCAAGGGUGCGUUUUAUUUAUUUUUAUUCAACUUUUCAUUUGUAAGCAGAAGAAUGAGUUAUUUCUUCUCUAAAAGUUCCAUAGUCUGGCUUUACAGUCUGGGGUGUGAAGAGCUGCAACUGGUUCAUGUUGUAGAGCACAAAUACAGAGCCCUGCUCCGUCUGAAUGGGUAAUGUGAUUUGAGUGUGUGAGAGAAACUUCAUAUAAAGUAAGAAAAUAUUUAAAGCUUAUGCACAUAUAAAUCUUCCUCUGUCUGAGACAUAUUUUUUUUUAAAUAAUGUGUUGUUCAUUCCCCUCUAAGAAAAUGUUUAAAUUCUGCAACAAAAAGUCGGGGGCAAAGAUGCAGUUCUGUCUAUCUCAAGUACUACAUAAAAAAAACAACACAGAUUUUUAUACCAGCUUUACUUGUAUGUGCCUGAAAUGUGAAUUCCAAAGUUUCCACUCGAGAGCGUCGCUGGCCUAAAAAUCUCCAUUUGAAACAGACUCCAACCACUUGACUACACAGCACUUUUGAAUUAGCAAUCGGUGGUACGUAAGCGAGAUGGUCAGUGUUGUCUUACUUGUAACCAGUGGUCGUCAAAUAACACUACCAGGUUACCUAAAGAACACAUUUCCUUUCACAAUGUUUUCAUAAUUUGUCUCAUAGUUUGUCAAGGACCUGGUACAGAAAAAUUGAUCUUUGAUAAGGUUUUGCUUUAAGGCAUUUAAGGCAUGAUUCAGCUGCUCACCCCUGACAAACAUAUGAUAUUGUCUGUAGUUUUCUGUAGCAGUGCUGCCAUAUGUUUACUGACUAGGUCCCUGCAAGAGUAAACUCACCACAGGUUUACUGUACAUUAUCAAAUAAUGAGUAUGGGCUUUAAAGGCAGGGUUGGUAAAGAUUUUAGAAUUUUCUUUUUUGUUAUAUUAGUUGAAAAUAUCAUUACAUCCCGACAGCAAUCAAUAAAUCAAAUGCUCUGACAAGAAAAAGGAAACAAAAUCUGUUAUCUCUGGCUGUCGCAGGACUAAAAUGAACCUGUCAAAACAUUUCAUUGGUUCCGAGUGUAAUGAUUGUACGGGCUACCUGUCUACCUGCCUGUACACACUCUGCCCAUGCACUCAUUGCGAGUCACCGUAGUCUUCCACAAGCUGUUAGCUUGAGUACAAUAGCCAUGUUCGCCGUUUGCAUUCAUUAUGAUAUGUUUAUGUUUGUAAUGAUAAUUGUGGGGGGAGUAGCAUUGGAGAGAGGCCUGAAGCAAGGGACUGUUGCCCACUUGGCGACUUUCUCGCUAGAUUUCGGGACUUUUGGAACUAGGGCUGCUAGUUACUGUCAUUGUAAAAGAAUUGGCAACACUUCAGGCUGGGUUUUUUGGUUGGAUCAUUUUUAAAAAUCUAGUGUACUCUUGAUAGUUUCUCAAGAUUACCAACCCUACCUUUAAAUUCUGCGGCUUAUAAAGCGCUAUAAGGAGAAUUUGGACAUUGUGAAAAGAACUUCCGUUGUUUGUGUUUGAUGAUGCAUGACAGAUUGGUGUGUGUAAGUUGUUCUAUUUACAUGUUAUUGAGAUAAUGUGGAAGUGUAGAAUAAUUACAGGAGCUGUGUUAGUGAGUUUAUGUCGAAAACUGAUCUUAACUCCCAAAGCUCAGUCCUGCCUUGUCCCCUCAGUUCAAACGUUGCAGAGGCUGUCUCACUACUCAUUAAUAAUGGCUUAUAGUCAUCAUAAAUCCCCUUUUUGGAGACAUGACCACCAAGCCACAACAGCACAACAACACCACAGCACACAAAGUUAAGAGAUGACUGAUAAAAGACAGAAUAUGACUUUUAUUUCAUGCUACAGACUUUAUUUAAAUCACCAUCCACCACAUGAAUCCACUAUUUAAAGUCACACUGCCAUUGUUAAAUGCACUGCAACAUGAUCAGUUUAUAUAACUGGUUCAUUCAUUGGUUUGUUUGUCAUCUUGUAUCACGUACUGGAGGAUGCUACUGAUACUGAAUCUGUUCACAGUGUAAGUGUUUGGUGUGCAUUAAUGUUAGGUUAUUAGUUGUGUAUAGAUUUGUGGUUUCUGAUGUUUGUUGUUAACAUAGAAAUGGGCAAAGCAGGUUUCUCUAUUGAUGGCUGCACCUUAGAAUAAUGUGACUGCCUUUAUGAAUGAAUAAGAAUGCUAACUAACUAAUUGACCCAGCGUUUGACAGUUGAGUCGAUUCAGCUUUGGCUCGAUAAGCAUUAAUAGUCUAAAAAAUAAGCUGCUGCCACAGAGCUGUGAGCGUCUGCAGUGAAAUCUGUUAUUAGAAUCAUAUUUAUUGUGGCUAUUGUUGACCUGAAUGAUAUAAAUAUCAAGUUGUUUGCAGCAUGCUGAUCCUGUUAGUUAAUGAGUAGGAGAUCGUUUCAGUUCAAUCUUGAGCAUCUUCUUACCAGCUGAGCUCUAGGAUAUGCAAAAGCAGCUGUUUUUUUGGUGUUAAUGUUUAUCACUUUUUGAUUUGAUUUUAUGGUUGUGGCAUUUGUCUUUUUUAUUAUAUCACUAUGAAAUUAGUUUUUCUCUCUUGGUGUAGAGGGCGUAGUGUUUUUGUUCCAAAUUAAGUGUGUGUGUGUGAUAUGCAGGUGAAAAAAGGACGUGUACACACACGAGUAAGAACAUGCUACACAGUCUUCAUUUCACACUGUUCACCCUACUAAUGUGAUAUUAAUGGACUUUUUAGUUUGUCUCUCUCAGUCAUGGUGACGCCAUGUGCACAUGGUUGAUACUCACUGUUACAGUUAACCAUUAAGGGAUGUGAACACACGCCUGAUUUCAACAUUUAAGUCAAGCAGCAUCAUGAGAUUGUCAGACACGUUUUCUACCCGUUGGUAACAAUAUGCAAGAUAAGGCUGCAACUGACACUUUACUUUAUCAUUGAUUAAUCAGUUCAUUAUUUCUGAUUAACCGUUUAGUCUAUAAAAUGACAGAUUAUAGUGAAUACUGUGAUGCGCACCUCCCUAGGGGGGGCACGGGAGAGUUAAUGGAUCGCGGAUGGAGAGAGACGUGAGCCACAAUUUGCAUGACAAAUCAUACACCUUCUCUGAAUCAAAACUCAGAUCUUGACAUCCAACACAUAAUGUCCAUCACAAAUAAACAUCCAUAAAUCGGCUUAGAAAUCCUACUCAAUCAUCUCAACCUUGUCUGAAGGGGGGGCCCACAGUGUCAGACUUUAAAAACCUCCGAUAUAAAACGAUCAAUCGAUUGUCAAGAUCAUUGUCUGUUGACUGACGAAUCAGUUAAUUGACUUAAUUGCUGCAGCACUAAUGCAAACUUAGACCCUGUUCAGACCUGGCAUUAACAUACAUCCUGAGUGAUCGGGAUCACAAGUAGACAGCUCUAAGUACGUCUGUUCACACCUGGCAUUAGAAUGUGUCUCCACAUGUGUCUCCAGUGGCCACUUGUGAUCACUUUGCCAGGCAACAGCGGGUACCGAGCUUCAGAAAGCCGUGGUUGAGAGCACGUGAGCAAGCCGGUGUCAGCUCCGUGCAAAGCACCGGAA